CUCUGCUUCGUAUAUUUUACAAUACGAUGUUUAGCUCGAUCCCAGAAAGUCUCGAAUCUCGUCAGUCGCGUGCGUACCGUUGUUGGGUGUGGAUCUACUACGUUCUUCUAUAUUUGUUCUGCGAUCAGUUGCUUCAGGAACAAUAAGGAAACAUGCUGAAGUCUUACCCCACUCGACUUCCCACAAACAGAGCUGGUGGUACUCGAGUGAUUCGCUUGACAGUGGAUCAGGAAGCAGUUCUUCAAGAACAGUUUAACAGGUGGCCAAGGGCACCUCAUACCGCGGAUAUUGUCCUGCUCGCGGCUGAAACUGGUCUUUCCGAGGCUGACGUUGAAGGAUGGUACGCUAUUAGAUUGGCUCAGUGGCGGAAAGAACAGGGUCUCGGCGGGAAUCUUGGGUUACAUUGAUUGUUACCGCUGAGAGACUUCACCUCACUUUUGUACCUGAUGUUCUGAUUUAUAUAUGCACAGGCAACUGAACUGAUGGCAAAUUAUGCGAAAUCUAUAUCUUAAUUAUGCGUAUACCUUAUACUUCGUCUAUAAAAUUGGUUACUUAGCAAAAUUUCAAGUUUUAUUAGGUUUGAUAGAGUUGAGUUUUUAGUGUGUUUUAUUAAAUUUAUAGAAAAUUCAAUACACAGAAUGGGUUUUUUUUUAUCUGAACAUGUAUAAGAUAGCUAA